GCGCGCCAGGUCCUCGCGCAUGGAGACUAUGCGUUUCUUGGAUUAGCACAUACAGCUUUGGAACGGGAUGAACGUCGCCGGGAUGAAUUUGAUGCUUUUCUCGAUGAGGUGGGGCAACACGAUGGCUGGGCACAGCGCAUGAAGACAGUUCCGCUAGAUAUCCGUCUUUUGGCACAGAAUGAUGGGAGAGUGCCAGGCAGUCGUGGCAGAUGCAGUCAUAACAUUUGGAAGAAUACCCUCAAACAGUAUACUGACCUACCCCAAGCCCUGAUUGGAACAGUUGAGGAACUUUCUGCUUCAACUCAAACCAUGAAUCUUGUACGCGAUCAAUUCGAGGUUAACUAUUUCGGUCCCCUCAAUAUCAUCAAAGCUGCGCUCCCCCAUAUGAGGAAAGAGCGCGCUGGGCAUGUGAUGAUAAUAUCAGGGAUCACGGCGCAUAUCGGUACACCCGGACUAGGAAUGUACUGCGCAGCGGGUUGGGCCCUUGAAGGAUUCUGUGAUAGUCUGGCUUACGAAAUUGCCCCGUUUAACAUCAAACUCACCAUCUUCCAAUGCAGCAUCGAAAUUGGCAUCCUCACCAACCUAGUAACCAGUGUCCCUCCAAUCUUCCCCGCCUACUCACCCGCCAGCAACCAAGCGCCUCUCUUCCGUGGAAUCUUAAACCACCUUGUCCCCCAACUUCCCGGUGCUUCUGUCUCAUCUGACAGUCCAGUCACACCAAGUCCAGCCAACGAUGAAAACGCCCGAGUUAGCUCCAUUGAAAAUGGCCCAUUCUCCGCUCCAGAAGUUGUCUCCAUGCACCCACCAUUAAGCUCCGCACAUCUUGAAGUGCUGGUCUCUGAAACAGUAUAUGCCAUUACAUCAAUUGGUGGCCAUGAAAACCCUCCUUCGCGGCAUAUUGUUGGACAAGAAGGUGUUGCGAGUGUCAAGGAGAAGCUCAAGACUGUGAGUGAAGAGUUAGAGGACUUUAUACAGGCUAGUUUUGCUGUUGAUGUUACCACGGACUCAGAUCCUAUGCCCGCUAUAUCUGGAUUAAAUGACGGGCCUUAG